AUACCUCUGUGGAGAUCUUGUGGCAGGUACUAUUGUGGGCUGUUGUCUUUGGGCACUCCAACGCAACAAUUCAAGGUGUUGUUUGACACCGGCUCUUGUAAUACCUGGGUUCGAUCAGUGAACUCGAAGACGCAGUUCACAUCUAAAGCAUAUGACUGGAAAAGUUCCAAGUCUGCUGUAAUCGAGAAGAAUGAGCAGACGAUGGAAUAUGCGAACUGUCACAUUACUGGAAUGGUUGUGAAGGAUAGAGUGACGUUAGGAAACAAGACCACAAAUAUCAGGUUUGCCAGCGGAGUAGAACGGUCACAGUCCUGUCCAAGGAAGAGGAGCUUUGAUGGGAUAGUUGGUCUUUGUGCGGUCCCGGGAGAAAUGGCCUUUCUAAACCAGCUAUUCGAACAGGAUAUUAUAAACGAGCGUAUAUUUUCCAUGUGGAUCAACCCAAACACACGGGAACCGUUGGCUGGCUUGGUGAUUCUUGGUGGUGUGUACGACGGACUGUACUCAGGAAAUCUGAGUAAAGUGCCUUUGGAACCGUUGAGAAAAUGGUGGUGUUUCAAACUGACCGGAGUUCGCAUUGAUGACGGCAAAGCGAUUCCUCUGGCCUACCUUGUGGCUGUGGAUAGCGGAGCCACAAAAAUCUGGGUUCCAGAAAGUGUACUCAAACAGAUCAACCAUGUACUUCAACCGAUUGGAUUCGACGGCAAAUACCACUUGGUCGAUUGUUCGAAAAUCCCCAAGAAACCAAUCGUUCACUUGGAAGCUGGCCAGUUGAAAUUAUCUAUGGAGCCGAAGUACUGCAUUAGAUCGGUA